AUGCCUGUCUCAACUUCAACGUCAAUGUAUGCAGGGCAGGACCUGUCUCAGAUCCAGAAAUGGGUCGCCUCCCAGAAACUCAAGGCUCCAACAAUGAAGAGCGCGCCGUUGUUCUAUCGAAACUUGGAGGCUGCUUUGGACGAACGACGCGCCGGUCACAACCUCGUGACAUUGCACCGGUUUGAGCACAAGGUUGACUUUUCCUCCAACGACUUUCUUUCUCUUGCCACAUCCGGGCUACUUCGAGAGGCUUUUCUUGAGGAGCUGGAUCGGAAUCCAGAUUUCGAGGUCGGAAGCACAGGGUCACGCAUAUCUGACGGCAAUAAUGCCUAUUUGGAAGACCUGGAAAGGCAGAUUGCGGACUUUCAUGGAGCAGAGGGCUCACUCAUUGUUGGGUCUGGCUACGAUGCCAACUGCGCCAUAUUCUCAGCUGUUCCACGCCCUGGAGAUGUCAUCGUGUAUGAUGAACUCAUCCACGCCAGCGUGCACGACGGCAUGAAGGCCAGUCUGGCUACCAACCAGAUACCGUUCAAACACAACAGCGCAGACUCACUAAGAGAGACACUUAUCGCGCUCAAAGAGGCCCAGCCGCUCAUUCGACAAGGCACACGCUGCGUGCUCAUUGGUGUGGAGGCAGUGUACAGCAUGGACGGUGAUGUCACUCCUCUCGCCGAGAUCGUUGAGGUCGUUCGGGACAUUUUCCCUAAUGGGAACGCCCAAAUCAUCAUCGAUGAGGCUCAUAGCACUGGGCUCGUGGGCGAGAAUGGCCGCGGCUUGGUGUCGGCUCUUGGUCUUGAGAAAGAGAUUGCCAUACGCCUCCAUACCUACGGCAAGGGCUUGGGCACCACGGGAGCCGCGAUUCUCGCCAACUCGACGGUGCUCAACACACUCAUCAACUUCGCCCGUCCUGUCAUCUACACGACGGCGCCGUCGUUUCCCAUGCUUGCGGCAAUCCGUGCGGCGUACAAUCUAAUGGAAACAGGGCAAACCCAAAAGCUCCAAGCUCGCGUCCAGCACCUAGUCAGGCAUUUCUGCGAGACAAUCGAGGCAGACACUGACUGGCAAGAUGCGGUUGACACGGGCAUAUGCUCCAUCCCCGUCAGCGAAGACAUCGAGGCGAGGCCCUUUGUGACGCAGUUUCUGCCUGUGUGGACUCGUCAGGGCCAGAAUUACUUCCUGACGAUGCAUUUGCACGGGGACGGUUUCACGGCGAUUCCCAUUGAUCCCCCCGUGGUCCCUCGCGGCACAGGUCGCGUGCGUCUAGUUAUUCAUGCUGGAAACACCGAGAAGGAAGUCGAGGGGCUGGCGGCAUCCAUCUGCAGGUGGGCUCGUGAGAUGCUCGACAUCCAGCAGAGCAAGACGCCAGGAAACGAGAUCCCGAGCGCAAUGCGCAAGGUGUACGGGUUGGCGCAGGCCGCCAAUGUUCAGAAGAUGGAUCUGUCGCAGCUGGCAGCGAAUCCCUUUGAGUAG